AACUCGAUGGACCCAAAUUUGAAACAACAAACCCUCGGAUCUUUCAAAGUGACUGGAACGCUCAUUUGUUACUCUUCCCCUUGUUCAAUAGCUUCCUUUUGAUAGUUCUGACCCCUUUCAGCAAGUCUUGAUCUCGAUUUCUUCUUCGUUCACUCUUCCUCCUACAACCCACUAGCAGUACGACAUUCGACUGAAUUCGCUCUUUUGCACAGCCCGAUCUUUACUCGAUUCAACUGGACAAACGCUCAACGUCUACCACGUUUGUCAAUUUUGGCACGACUCAAACCUGCCGCAAUCCACACACCUUCCUUUUAACCAACCUCCGCCUGGCUUGCGGAUCAAAGGAACGACUUUGCGGCUCACCAUCAUAGACUCAUUGACCCCGUGCAACCCUUAGACCGUCAAAUCUCACUUUCGAUAAAUCCUCACAACCUCGACUCUUCACCCGUGGCCAAGUCUUGGCGUGGGCUAGCUUAGUGGAUAGACUGCAUGUUGUAAGACAUCAAUAUCGAAGACUAAGACCAGGGCUUUUUGCCUGAUACUCUCUGUCGAUCCUUGAAUACCACUCCGACUCCGCUCGAUAAGUUGAACAGGACGAGUCCGUCUACGACGGUCUCUUGCGUGCAUCCCUACCAACUCCUCUCGACUCGCCCAACCCGUCAAACACGAUGACAUCCCUCGCUCUCCUAACCCUUGCUCUCUUAACCCUUCGUUCAGUCUCUUCACUCUCAUUAUGGUACACCGAGCCAGGUAGCAGCUCCCCGGCAGGCUCCGUCGCUGGCGACAAAGUUCGAGGCGUGAAUCUUGGCGGAUGGUUCAUCCUGGAAAAUUGGAUGAUGCCCUCUUUCUUCGGUGUAGCACCAUUAGAUCAAUACAAUAUUCUUGACGAAUGGCAUUACUGUUCUAUCCUUGGCAAAGACGAAUGCGCAUCUAGAUUAACAGACCACUGGGCUACAUAUGUCACAGAAGAUGAUUUCAUGCGAUUUGCCAACUACUCACUGAAUACGGUGCGUAUACCCGUAGGAUAUUGGAUGUGGAUCGAUCUGGAAGAUUACGAGCCAUAUGUUCAAGGACAAUUACCUUAUCUUGAAAAAGCACUAGGUUGGGCGGACAAAUAUGGUUUGGACGUCAUGAUUGAUAUGCACGGUUUACCAGGCGGCCAGAAUGGUCAAGAUAAUCAAGGUGUCAAAGGUCCUAUCGAGUUCGCAUACAAUCAAACAAAUUCAGAUAGAGCAUUGUCUGCUGUUCAGAAUAUGACUCAAUGGGUUACGCAAGAUAAGUUUAACGGGAUUGUCAAAGCUAUCGAGUUGGCCAAUGAGCCAUACAUACAGGAAUAUAAUCCAGGUGGCAUGUUAUUCGAAGAUCUUGCCAAUUACUACGUUCAGUCUUAUCAAGUUGUACGAAAUUCAGAACAUAUCAUAGAUGGUGGACAUGAAGUUAUGGUGUUUAUACAUGAUGCUUUUCAACCUCUCGCCAAUUGGGAUUACUUCUUUUCCACUGAAGGUCUCGGUUUAAGUUGGACGAAUUAUGGCGUAGACACACAUAUAUACGACGCAUUCGGUUCUUCACCAGAUAAGACAUGGCAAGAACAUUUAGAUACCAUGUGUUAUUUAGCUAGUUCUAUAGCUUCAGCACAGACCAAAUUCCCAGUCAUUGUCGGUGAAUUCUCUUUAGGGACCAACACCUAUUGCGUAGAUUAUCAAUCAUGUUUCGGAGCGACUUUAGCAGAUACUAUCGCCAAUUUGACAGAUUACGAAACCUCCCUUUUUCUUCGACAAUUUUGGGAAGUUCAAAGUGACGUAUAUGAACUAGGAGCCGGAUGGAUUUUCUGGUCACAUGCUAAUGAAUUUGCUGCUCCAUGGUCAUGGUCUCAAUCAGCAGCACAAAAUUGGAUUCCUGAAGAUCCGACUGAAAAGAUCUGGCCAUUCUACUCCGACGCAUCAUCCGGUUGUUUAGAUAUCUCAAACCCUAUCGCCGGCGACCAAAAUUUGCCUUAUUUCCCCGGAUACGCGAAUAAUAUCUCUAAUAUCAAUAUAGACUUUGUGAGAGCAAAAUACGCCAGUGCCUCAUCUGCCUCAUCCACAAAUGAUAAUUCAACUUCAGCAUCAAUAUCAUCUUCAUCUGGAACCUCAAGCGUGACAUCUCCAAGUUCCGGUUCGUCUCCGAGCGCAAGUGCGAGUGCGAGUUCCUCAGCUUCUGGCGCGAGAAGACGAAUACGGGGAGAGGCGACAGAGGUGUUAGGGAUGUUGUUGCUGGUUGUGGGGAUCAUGUUCUGA